AUGCAAGUGGCUUGUCCGGAUUGUCGGGGAGAUGGGGUUCAUGCUGAUCCAGGAAUGCGACAUGGAGAACAAGUUACUUUCCCGGAGAGGGGUGAUCAAGUUGAUCCUGAAAUCGAGGCUAGUGAUGUAAUUGUGGUGAUCAACGUCAAAGAGCACGCUGUUUUCAAGCGCAAUGGCGAUAAUCUUCACAUGGUCAAGGAAAUUUCUUUGAAUGAAGCUUUAUUCGGCACCUGGGGAUAUUGUCCGACCAGA